AUGUUGCAACGGGCAAGCAGCAAGUACGAGGCCAACGCUCCUCCUCAAAAGAACCAGGCCAGAGGCGGGCCUUUCGUUCCUUCCAGUAGCCCAACACUCAAUGCCGAUAUCAGACAACAGCUAAAGAAGCCAAACGCCCCUUCUGUGUCGGCGAGGACGAUGCCACCCUUUUCUAAACCUCUUGAGAAACGAUCUUCCAACAUGAAUCAAACCCCAAACAACAACAACAGACCCUCGGCUGGUCUCGGUAGAGGGUCACUGGCAAGUCUAUGCGGAGGGUCAAAUUCAUUUAGCGAACAAGCAGGUGUUGUUGAUCUUACCGGUCCUGAAUCACAAACCAAAGCUCAAGCGGCUGUUUUCUUUAACGAAAGUGACUUCAGCGACGACGACGAUUUGGAUCUGGAUUUUAAGGCUCCUUCAGCCCUACCAACGUUGCCACCGGCUGCUAAUACUCCUACCAAACGCAUUGCGAACGAGAGCAUGGCACCUCCACCACCGACUUCAACGCAGACAGAUAAGACCAUUCCUUGGUCCUCGUCGCCUCCUUCUCACUUCCUGCCUCCUGCAAGGAACGCGUCCGUCACAUCGACUAUGGCCAACAUAUCAAUGAAGCGUGACUCUUCUGGCGACCAAGAUGAUGUUCCAGCUCCCAAGAAGGCCAAAAAGCGUGUACUGCCCCAGAGCUUCAAGCAGGAAGAGGCUGACGACGAGUACGGUCACCAGGCUCCAGUCACCCAGACACCAAACAACAAGAAGAAAGACUUUCUAAACCCCACGGCCAGCGCUGUCAAGGAACAGAAGAAGCAAUUCAGAAAUCAACGUCAACAGGAGCAACCUGCAGCCAACACAGACUUGUCUAUGGGCGAGAUCCAAGAAGUUACAACAUCACAUUCCAAAGGCAACUUUGCUAUAUCCUUGAGUGAAGAGCAAAGGCACGUCUUGGACUUAGUAGUGAACAAAAAUCAGAGCGUUUUCUUCACUGGUGCAGCCGGAACUGGUAAAUCCGUCUUGAUGCGAGCCAUCAUCACUGAAUUGAAGAAGAAGUAUGCGAAAGAUCCUGAACGUGUCGCGGUCACAGCCUCCACAGGACUUGCGGCAUGCAACAUCGGAGGCAUCACAUUACACAGCUUCUCGGGUAUUGGUCUUGGCAAAGAGGAUGCUGCAGCGUUGGUCAAGAAAGUUCGACGAAAUCCUAAAGCCAAAAACCGUUGGCUAAGAACUAAAUGCCUUGUGAUUGAUGAGAUCUCCAUGGUGGACGGGGACCUAUUCGACAAGCUGUCACAAAUCGGAAGAACAAUUCGGAAUAACGGAAGGCCAUGGGGCGGCAUCCAACUUAUCAUCACUGGUGACUUCUUUCAGCUUCCACCUGUACCAGAUCACGGAACCAAAAGGGAAACCAAGUUUGCGUUUGAUGCUUCCACUUGGACCACCUCAAUAGAUCACACUAUCGGUCUCACGCAGGUCUUCCGUCAAAGAGAUCCCGUGUUUGCCAACAUGCUCAAUGAGAUGCGUCUGGGUCGAAUUACCGAGGACACUGUUCGAGCCUUCAAAAGGCUUGAACGGCCACUCGAGUUUACAGAUGGACUUGGGGCCGCUGAGUUGUUCUCGACUCGAAACGAGGUCGAAGGGUCUAACGAAAAGCGAUUGCGAGAACUCCCUGGAACAGUUCGACGCUAUGAGGCCCAAGAUACUGGCAAAGAUGAUAUUCGAGACAAACUGCUGGCGAACAUGAUGGCUCCUAAAUCCAUCGAUCUAAAAUUGAACGCCCAAGUCAUGUUGAUCAAGAACCUUGAUGAAUCGCUGGUCAAUGGAUCCCUGGGUAAAGUCAUUGGCUUUUCAGAUGAGAAAACUUUUGACAUGUCCCCGACGGAUGAGUACGACGAGGAUGACCCGACAGCCAAAGCCCGAAGGAAGUUACUCAAAUCAUUCAAACAUGAAGCAGAGUCAAGCUCGAGCGGAGUCAAGUACCCAGUGGUGCAGUUUGGGGCAACGGAUGGUACAUCACGUGUCAUCCUCUGCCAGCCUGAAGAAUGGAAAGUCGAGUUGCCCAACGGCGAAGUUCAAGCCAAACGAACUCAACUCCCCCUGAUUCUCGCCUGGGCAUUAUCCAUUCACAAAGCCCAAGGCCAAACCCUGGAGCGAGUGAAGGUCAAUCUGGGACGGGUAUUCGAGAAAGGCCAGGCUUACGUUGCUCUCAGUCGAGCUACUACUCAGGAUGGUUUGCAAGUUCUAGGCUUCCAGAAGUCCAAGGUCAUGGCCCAUCCACGGGUUAUCGACUUUUACAAUAAACUUUACAGCGCAGAGGAGGCGCUCGGAAAACCGAAAGCACAGUCCAUUACCAACUUUGUUUCCAAUCGCAUUGGGUCCGCGCCUGCAAGGGCUCCAGCCCCCAAGAAAACAGCACCUCAGGUGGUAGAUUUGGACGAUGAGGAGGAGGCGAUGGCUGCGUACGGCCACUAA